AUGUGGAGUUCACCUCGUAUGAAGAAACAGAAACCUGAAGGUUCCUCACUAAAACUAACCAACGAGCCUCUUAAAGAGUCAUUGCCUCAGUUUUAUUUUCAAGAUGGUCGGCCACCACCAAGCGAGAUGAAAGAGCAAUGUAUGCUUAGAAUCAACCAUUUUUUCCAUGGUCACAUGGAUGGACUUCAGAUACAAGAGUUCAAAUUAGUCACCAGUGAAAUCUGCAAUCUCCCAUCUUUCUUCUCCACUUCACUUUUCAGGAAAAUCGAUUUCAAUAAUACAGGUUUUGUUACCAGAGAAGCAUUUAUUAAUUAUUGGGUAAACGGGAACAUGUUGACAAUGGAUACAGCAACACAAGUCUUUAAGAUACUAAAGCAGCAGAAUCAGAAUUUUCUUGUUAAGGAUGAUUUCAAACCACUACUUAAAGAACUGUUGGCAACACAUCCUGGCCUAAAGUUCCUGCAAACCACACCUGAGUUCCAAGAAAGAUAUGCUAUUGUUGUAUAUAUGGUAAGCAACAGUUUUCUGUUAACUUUGGCCACUAGGUACUUCUCAUAUGAGCAUUUCUAUGUCAUAUACUGCAAGUUCUGGGAGCUAGAUACAGAUCAUGAUCUCCUGAUUGAGAAAGAAGAUCUCAUGAGAUAUGGAAACCAUGCUCUUACGUUACGGAUUGUCGACAGGAUAUUCUCUCAGGUUGCUAGGAAGUUUAGUAGCAAAGUUGAAGGGAAGAUGGGGUAUGAGGAUUUUGUGUAUUUCAUACUUGCGGAAGAAGAUAAAUCUUCAGUGCCUAGCCUAGAAUACUGGUUUAAGUGCGUAGACUUGGAUGGGAAUGGGAUUCUUACACAAAAUGAGAUGCAGUUCUUUUAUGAGGAGCAGAUGCGUUGGAAGGAAUGCAUGGCAGAAGAGGCUGUUCUUUUUGAGGAUGUCUUAUGUCAGAUUAUUGAUAUGAUUGGACCAGAGAACGAAAGCUACAUAACCCUGCGUGACAUGAAGAGCUCCAAGCUCUCUGGAGAAGUCUUCAACAUGCUGUUUAAUCUUAACAAAUUUAUGGCAUUUGAAACACAAGAUCUAUUGCUUAUUCCCCAGGAGCUUGAGAAGCUUACGUUGACAGAAUGGGACCGUUUUGCACAUAGAGAGUACUUAAGGCUUUCAGUGGAAGAAGAUGUAUUGAAUGGAAGUGGUGAAGUUAAGGGAUGA